AUGCCGCCGGUUGAGUUCCCUCCCCUCGAGGGAUCCAGCAGCAAUGCGAAUGACCUUCUCAAAUGGAUUCAAGAUGGCCCUCAGGAAGAAAUGGUUCCAUCUGCGCAGAGGUUGUUUGAGAAGCUGCUUGCAAACGCGUCUCAACCUCGAGGUUCUACAGCGGACGCCUGUGUCAAGCUGUGUGGUUUCGUCCAGCUAUGCGCAAAGUCACAGGAUGAUUCUCUGAAACAAUGGGCCUUCUCAGAGAAAAUAUCCCAGGACAUGUUCAACUUCUUCAUAGAGUGGAACGAGAAGGACCAGCAUCGGUCCAUGAGACUUGUUCUAGACCUUCUUUCCUUUCUGAUUACCCAGAAUCCAGUAUGCCAGAUUAAGGAGGAUGUGAAGGCAGAUCUACUGCGCACCAUGGUUGCCAUCAUUGCGAGGAACUCCACGCGCCCGCUCGUUAAAUCAUGCAUUACCGCCCUGAACCAUCUGCUUACAAAGUCUGUCCUUACUUUGGAGGAACUAGCACAGAUGUAUCAGUCCAUACGGCCUGACUUGGCCAACCAGCCUGCCAUCCUUCUAUGGCAGGAGUGGGUGGCAGAGAUAUUCCGGUGGAUGGAACUGCCCUACGUCUGUCCGGUUGCUGGAAAGCUCCUUGGCAUCGUAAUCAGCGGUCUCUAUGCUUCUUUCCCACUGUCUGGCUGCUCCGAAGAACAAAAGCCGGUGCUCGGUGCGAAAACCAUCCGAAGAUGGCUAGAGACAGCCCUAUCAGCCAACCCAGACCUCCUUGAGAGUCCCGAGGGAACGAAAGCCACUGCCAAUACUGUAGAGCUUGACAGCAAGGUCCUAGAGCGCUAUCUGCUUCACAACUCUUACGAUGUCCGAUCUUUCGCCAUGUCUCUCCUGAUAACCUCCUCUUCUAGUACAAGGCCUUACUCUUUGGCGACGUUUGAACUUCUACGAAAGCAUCUCCGAUCCUGUUAUGCAGAUCCUGAUGCCAAGUUCCGGAACGAGAUUCUGGGUCAUUCCAAGAACAUGGUCAAGAGAAUCAAAGGAGCAAUCAGCAUUCUUGAAAAAGAUAUAGCUCGAAUUGGGGCAAAGGCUUCGACAUCCAAAGCCAGAGAGACAGCGGUUAACACACAUAUCAGCAAGGGGGCAAAAGAGAUUUCAAACGCUGGGGAGGCUUGGCUGCGAGAUACCCUCAAGUUCCACGAAGAAUUCUUUGGCUGGUACUUGAGAUUCUUAAGGCAAGAGCUGUCACCCACAGCCUCGUAUCAACGACACAUUACUGCUUUGAAAGCGUUAGUCUCGGUCUUGAAACUCGGGAAGGACAGUCCAAGUGCUGCUGAAAAAAACAUAUACAAAGAUGCCCAAUGGAUUCGCAUAAUCAUGGACCUGAUUAUGGAUCCAUUCGACGAUGUCAGAGAGACGGCGACUAGCUUGUUGAUGCUCUUUCCGCCAGAGACUACGCAAACAGAGGUUGUGUUCGGUGACAAGCUGUUAUCUGCCACGCCAUUAAUGAUGUUGAAGGAGUUCUCUUCUCGAGCAGCAGCUCAGGCAUCUCGCACCAGCCGUGCGGAUCACUCAGAUGGAGCCGCUCGAUCGUAUGGUCUCCUGUGUGCCUGGGAAAAUACAGUUGAGAGUCGCCUAUCAUUGCUUUCACAAACAUUGGACCUCUUGGACCUCAAGGUCAGCCGAGCCGAGAAGGACCUAGGUCACGCAGUCAUGGCAGAGCCAGUGCAUGGAGACUUUGCCGCUAUCAGAUACAUGUGGGAAGUCCUCUUACAUCCACGGUACAGCGAAGCCCAACUCCAGCUACUUGCAGCUCCCCAGACUCGGAUCGUGGAUCUUUGCACGCGGAUUUGGGAUGCUGUCAGCUACGUACUAUGCGAUGAUUCGCCUGAAGGCAAAGAGCUUGAAGACGAGGAUGUUGAUAGCAAAGGUUUGCUCAGCUACAGCUUCCGCGCCAUCCACGAAUCCAGCAACCUCAUGCGCACAAUCGUGGGCAAUCUCAGCUUUAGCCGUAUGCUUGGAGCUCUCUUGCCAACGCCCGAGGUAUUUCGGAGCGUCGGUGAUUUGGCGUUCUCCCAGCUGUCAACUUUGAGGCAUCGAGGUGCAUUCAGCUCCGUCUCGCUCAAUUUUAUUUGCUGCUGUCAAAAUGCUCGCAAUCCUCAUGUCACCUCGCCCGGGCCCGAACCCUCGCUGCUUGAGAAUUGGUAUAAAGGGGCACUGGCAUGCAUCUACGAGCAGAGGUCGACAACGAGACGGUCGGCAGGCAUACCAGCUUUGAUUACUGCCAUUUUGGCGUCAAACGCGGACAGUCCAUCGUUCGAGCAUGUCAUGCGGACUUUGGAGGAAAUAGCACAACGGCCAGCUUGGGUCUCAGAAACUGACGGGAGUAGUCUGCCUCAAGUUCACGCUUUCAAUUCCCUCAAAGAGGUCUUCAAAAGCUCACUCCUUAGCAAGAAGGCCGAACGCUACCUUCCAGAAUGCCUCCAGCUUGCCACAAAUAGCUUGAAAUCAGAGGUUUGGGCGAUCCGGAAUUGCGCACUCUUACUCCUGCGUAGUCUGUUGGACAGUCUAUUUGGAACAAACGAGAGCAAGUCUGCCAUGGAGUCGGGAUGGGACGGGAAGACGCUACGAAUCUCGUACACUAAAUACCCGUCUCUACCGCCUAUACUUCUGAACCUCCUACAGUCAGGACAACGGGCAAUGGAACCUGGGACCUUGACCUCGAGCUCAGCAGCCGAAUCCGUAUUCCCCGCCUUGGAUAUCAUCCGACGUGCCGGGCCCCCAGAAUCUCACCGUGACGAGUUGUACAAGUUGAUCACCAGAUAUCUGGGCAGCCAACAGUGGCAUGUCCGCGAAAUAGCCGCCCGCACUUUGUGCUCCUUUCUUCUGAAUGAAAAUUGGCUGUCCUCGGUCAAGGCCCUGCUUGACGAGUCACGGGGCGCGGCAAACAGGUUGCACGGGACUUUUCUUACGAUCAAGUUUCUCUUGGAAAGGACGUCCUCGGACAUGAAGGAAGGCCGGCUUUUUGGUCAAACGAUCAUACCCGAGCUUAAUGGACGCUCUCAGUUGGCAAACUUUGCAGAAGACAUCAAAUCACUUAGUCAAGCGCUGCAAGAGUUCGAGAAGGAUGCGACAAUAUGUUCCGAGGUCUGGGCUGCUUUCGUCGAGAUUCGCACAUUGACUUGGGAGAGCGCACCUCCCUCGGACAUUCAGGCCAGCAAGGCUGAGCAACUCACUCAUGUGAAAAUUGCACAAGGGAGGAGUAGCUUCGCCUCGACAGCACUGCUCGAUCUCCGGUUGGGUAUCAGGUCUCUGCGGGAAGCAGUUGCAUUCACAGGCAUUGAGGGCCUUAGAUCCUGCCUCUUCGACACACUUGAUCGAGACACAGACACAGCAUUAAUGCUGCUCGAAGUCAUUCCCACGAUCUGGGGCAAGGCGAGAGUGACUGAGCUCUGCACGUUAUAUCUUGACACCUGCAAGCAUACCAAAGAGCCGGAAGCCCGCGCCAUUGCCCUGACAAACCUGGCGGUGCUAUUUGAUGACCACAUCACUCAAGGCAAAUUGCAGGAGCUCCCCAAGCCGGAAGAGCUCGAGUCCUUCCAGCAGUCCAUCCUGGACACCAUCAACCCAGCCCUGGCGAAUGCCGUGCUCCUGGCCUCGGGAUCAGUGAUGGGCAUCCAGACGCUUCCACACAACGGGCAGCUGUCAUUCUUCAUGUUCGAGCAGAGGCUGCGAGCCUGGGGCAAGGCCGUCGCCGACGCCCUGCACGACAGCAACACAUUCGACAUGCGCAUGGCGGCCGCCAAGUCCAUCAAGUCCUUCGCGGCAGCGGUGCGCUCAGCCGCCGGCAGCGACGCGGCGUACCUGCCCUUCCUGCUCGCGCUGUACAACACGCUCGUCGACGACGACGACGAGAUCCGUGACGUCGGCGCCCUCGCCACGGCCCUCGUCACCUCGCCCGGCUCCCGCGCACAGCCGCAGCCCCUCGUCGCGGUCGACGCGGCCGACGCCCUGCUCUCGUGGAUCCAGCGGCACUUUGGCCAGACCAACGAGUUCAAGGCCUACGUCGCGUGCCGUCUGGUCGGCGACCCGCUCAUUGCCCUCGACAUCGGCGUGCAGGACCUGUCCGCCUGGACGUCCCCCGAGCAGCUGUUUGCUCAGGCCCUCGAGGUGGACGAGAGCCUGUUCGCGGUGGAGGAGCAGAACCUGUUCAUAGACGAGGUCCGCGAAACGGAGCGAUGGGCUGAGGUGUUCAGGGCCCUGCCGCGGGACUUUGACGAGAUAGAGGGGAGCGACGGUGCGGCCAGGAAGAUGCUGAUCAUGGACAGCUCGCUGACUGCGUUGAAGGGGUGGGUGGAAAAGGCUUUGGAGGCUCUAGCCGUGCAGGCUGGACAGGACGAUGGCCCGCUCGGGUGGGCUUCGACGGCUGAUGCAUUUGCAUUGUGCCACCGUGUUCUUGUUUGUGGUAAAGUCAUGGUUGAACUGUUGGGUGAAGAAAGCGGAGCGAUUGACAGCUCUAUGGCUAAGGUAAAGGACAUUGGACAAACCUCCAGGCUUCAUGGGCUGCUCUUGUCAACACUUGAUCAAGUAUAG